AUGAGUGGUCAAGCACCUGACAACAUCAUAACUGACCAAGAUAUUGCAAUGGCUGAAUCGAUUAAGAACAUUUUCCCUGGAACUGUGCAUCGGCGAUGUCAUUGGCACAUCAUGAAAAAAGCUCAAGAGAAGCUCGGGUCAAUGUUGGGCAGGAACCCUGGAUUGUCAAAGGAUUUCAACACAUGUGUAGACUUUAGCUUCACACCGGAAGAAUUUGAGGCAAAAUGGGCUGCUCUAAUGAUGAAAUAUCAGGCUGCUAUUGGCACACACUUUGACAAACUCUACGAGUACCGUGCAACAUGGGUGCCGUGCUACUUCAAGCACCGGUUCUACCCAUUCCUACAAUCGACACAAAGAAGCGAGGGGUUCAAUGCUGUGCUGAAGCGGUAUGUGAACCCACAUGGCUCUAUCCUAAACUUUGUGAAGCAGUAUGAAAAGAUUCAAACACAUGUGCUUGUGCGGGAGGGUGUGCAAGAUUAUAGGAUAGAGCACUUGCAAACUGAUUUGUGGUCACCUUUCCCCAUUGAGAAGCAGGCGUACGAAACAUACAGUAGAGACUUGUACAAAAAGUUUCGUAAUGAGUUUGAAAUGAUUGGGAGGUACAAUGUACGUCCCCGGGGUGCACAUUUAUAUGAGCUUGAACCUAAUCAGGAAUGGGUUGCUAAGUAUGGGGACAGGCACUACUUUGUGUCAGUUGAAAGUGAUGCAGGCAACUACACUUGCGAGUGCUGCAAGAUGGACAGAGAUGGUAUCCUCUGCUGCCAUAUCUUGAAGGUAUUUACCCACCUUGGAGUGGAUGAAAUACCACCGCAAUACAUUCUUAAGAGGUGGACUCCCCUAGCAGUUCCUGAUGCGCCCCCCGCUGUCCAAGAACAAGCAGAUGAAAUGCCCCCUUUGUCAAAGAAGCAAAUGCGACAUACAAACCUGCAGAUGGAUUUUGCAAGCUUGGCCAAAGUUGCCUGUGCAUCCGAUGCUGCGGCAGAAGUUCUGAAGAAGCAUAUGCGUGCGGCUCGGACAGAGCUUACACGCUAA